AUGAUCCGAAGAAAGAAGAACGUGAAGAAGGGCAUCCAGUUCUGCCUGAUGGUAUGCGGUGCUUCAGGCACAGGCAGGACUACCUUCGUCAACACCCUCUGCGACAAGAGCGUACUCACCCACAAGGAGAGCGACGAUCCUAACUCGGCUCACAUUGAGGAUGGCGUCAAGAUCAAGCCCAUCACCGUCGAGCUCGAUGAGGAGGGCACUCGUAUCUCACUGACCAUUGUCGACACCCCCGGCUUCGGUGACCAGAUCGACAAUGAGGCCAGUUUCUCGGAGAUUGUCGGCUACCUCGAGCGCCAAUAUGAUGACAUCUUGGCCGAGGAGUCGCGUAUUAAGCGUAACCCCGUUUCAGAGAUAACCGAGUCCACGCUCUCCUCUACUUUAUCACCCCCACCGCUUGCCGAGUCCAAGAAGCUCGUCAUGGAGGAUAUCGAGCACUACCGCAUCCCCGUCUACAACUUCCCCUACGACAUCGAGGAGGAUGACGAGGACACUGUCGAGGAGAACGCCGAGCUCCGAGGCCUCAUGCCCUUCGCCAUCGUCGGAUCCGAGGAUAUUGUCGAGAUUGGCGGCCGAACUGUCCGUGCCCGCCAAUACCCCUGGGGUGUUGUUGAGGUUGACAACCCCCGCCACUCCGACUUCCUCGCCAUCCGAUCCGCCCUCCUCCACAGCCAUCUCGCUGAUCUCAAGGAAAUUACCCAUGACUUCCUCUACGAGAACUACCGUACUGAGAAGCUUAGCAAGAGUGUUGAGGGUGGUGCUGGAGUUGACUCUUCGAUGAACCCCGAGGAUCUUGCCUCGCAGUCCGUCCGUCUCAAGGAGGAGCAGCUUCGCCGCGAAGAGGAGAAGCUCCGCGAGAUCGAGGUCAAGGUGCAGCGCGAAAUCAACGAGAAGCGACAGGAGCUCCUUGCCAGGGAGUCCCAGCUCAGGAGAUCGAAGCCCACGAACUGCGAUGACAUCGAAGAGUACCUGGCUAUAUGGAGGCUGCAGGAUGAAGUGAAACAGUAA